UAACAACAACCAACAUUACUAACACGCCGUUAUUCCACACUAUCUAUAUACCACUACUACCAAUACGGGAGAUAUAUACCUAUAGAUAAUGCUCAUUUGACUUUUCAAAGAUUGUUUACAAGCAAUCGUGAAUACGGAGCAUAAGCAUUACAAUAUAAAUAAUUAAUAUAAUUAAUAAACCUAGACUGGUUAGACUAAAGAGUAACCUAAAUAAUAAUAAAUAAUUAAAGUGUUGUGAGAUAAAAUGUAUUAAGCGUCUCUCUCGAUGAUCUGCUGGCGCUGGAUUGAUUGUAACGCUUAUAACGAUAGUCAUUUGGCAAGCCACUUGUUGCGUCUAGGUUAUGGUGUCAUAAACAAUUGUUAUGAUUCCAAAAAAAUUAAUAUUAAAUUAAUAAUUAGUAAUAAUAAUGCAAGAUCGUGGUGUUGGGAGCAUGGAAGCUCCUGGUAUGAGCCUUUUCCAGGGCUCCGAUAGCAUUAAAAUAAACUCCAUUGUACACAGGCAAGAGGAGGAUGAGGAACAGGAGGAUUUGAAGCGACGUGAUGAAGAGAUAAAAGAUCUGUUGACAAACGCCUUCGAAGAUUUGGACGAGGACGACGAAGUGAGCUCGGUAAACAGUAGCAAUUUUCACGAGUCCCGAGAUUUAGACCCAAAUAAUAGCAAUAGCUUGAUAAACAAUCGGUCAAAAAAUCAAAUAAAUAACGACAAGGCAGUUCCUACGCUGUCACAUUAUCAAAAAGAGUUUGGAAUGUACACCUCUGAUGGGAAAGCUAAGUAUGCUAUGAGUACGCCAUAUUAUUCUGGUAAAUCUAACUCCGAAAUGCAGUGUGAUUUUGACAUGUACGGACAGAUGGGAACGCCGCGUACUAGUAAUAGAGACAAUCAUUCCCUAAAUUCUAUACCAGAAAACUCGUUUGAGUUGCCAAGAGCACCGAGUCUCACUAGUCCAAUGACGUUUCCAAAUGAUUUGCGGGCGCAAAUCAAUGAUGGAUACACUUUUGUGGACAAUUAUCCGUCUAAUUAUGAAACUCCGUCGAAUCAUUUUGAUACACAGAACGCUAAAUACUCAAAUAAUGGAUACUUAGAGACUUAUGACAAUAAAAAUCCGUUAGAAAAUAUAAAAGAAGUUGGUAGUGGUGACCACGAUGAUAGUUCGGAUCACUACAACCACUGUUAUAAAACCAGCCCGAAUGGGCGACCUGCGAUCAGCAAUGAUACUAAUGCUUAUAAAACUGCUGAGUACAAUAGUAAAGAACAGUUGGAGGUACUUUACUCGGUAAGAGUGCGUGAAAUCGAACGACUGACUGAAGAAGUUCAACAACUCCAAUUAGAAAAAGAGGAAGAGAAGAAUCAACUAUCAAGGAAGCUAGCACUAGCUCAGUCUGAGAUUGAAAGAUCCAAUUUAUCAAGGAACCAAGCGCAAAAUGCGCUGAUUGACGCUAAAGCCGAAAUCGCUCAGCUUCAAGGGCAGAUUGAAACUUUUAAGGAAAAAAUAGCCGUGUUGGAGAAAACUAAUAAAAAUCUGAGUGAUGAAUUGAAGCAAGCAAAGAAUUCAGUUGUUGAUUUACAGCAGAAGAUAGCAGUCUUGGAAAGAGUACAAAGUUUACAAGCUAACGAUCGGACUCAUGAAAAAUUUUUGAAACAAACUCAAGAAAAACACAGUAUUGAAAUGAAAAAUAUGCAAACACAAAUUGACUUGCUCACUGAUAAACUUAAUGAGAAGUAUGUAAAUUAUUUCGUUAACAAGCUGCCUAUAAUGGAUUUGAAUACUCAAGAUCUAUCGGAAUCAUUGUACGUGAGUUUGGAGCAUAAAUUAGCGGAAGUAAGACGUGCACAUGAAACAUUAAUGGUUGAGAAAGGUGACACGAUGAAUCGUUUAUCGAAAGCUUUGGAAGAAAGUCAAGUUCAAUGUCGUAAUCUCAUGGCUACUAAUAAUGCUCAAGAGAUUAUGCAAUUGCAAAAUCGUGUUAAAAUUCUGACUGAAGAGAAAGAGGAAGUGCUGAAAACAGUUCAAGAAUUGAAACAUAAGUUAGACGUUGCUAAAAGUGAUGCCUUGCAAUAUGAUUCACUAUUGACGUCAACAAUGGAGGAAGAAUCAGAUUCUAUCAGGCAAAUGAAGCUUGGCGAGCUGCAUAAUAAAUCAAGAAACAAAUCGGGUGAAGAUAUAAUGAAUAAAUUAAGGGGUGAAUUACAGAGAUGUAUCGCUGGUCAAGCAAUAAAACGUAAGGAGAUAACACGACUGGAAAAUACAUUAUCACAAAAAGACAAAGAACUCGAAAAGGCUUGUGCGCGAGCUGAUUCUUGCCAGCAAGAGGCAGCACGUUAUGCCAAACGUGUUACUGAUCUUGAACAUGAACUUAAAUCUUUCAUCAGCGAUCGCUCAAUAAAAGUGACAAAUCAAAUUAGAAAGCUGACAGAAAAUUUAACAGAAGUGCGGGAACAGAAUGCGACGUUGAUGCAAGAAAAAACAAAAUUGCAAGAAAAGUUGGAGGAAACUUUGGCAAGUCAAGAGGAAACGAUUCGUAAAAUUCAACACGAGACUAUGGCGCAGCAAGAGAAAGAAAUGAUUGGAGAGUUCAACAAAGAGUACCUGGAAAUUCAUGACAAAGCUGUUGAACGUGCCCGUCAAGAGGCACACCUUGAAAUAGUGCAAUUAACCGUGCAAUUAGAGCAAACACAAAGAGAGCUUGAUCGCGUUAAAGAAUUGUACAUAGAAGUUUGUGGAACAAAAGAACAAUUGAUCAAUGAGCACAAAGAGGAAAUAAAAACGCUCAGAGAGACUUAUGCUAGUUUAGAAUCCCAAAAACAAGAAAUUGAUUAUGUUAAGCUAGAGCUUGAGGCACAAAUAAAAAUUACUCAGCGAUUAACUCAUGAAAGUAAGUCUUAUAAAAAGAAAAUAAUUGAAUUAGAGAAAGACUUGAGCUAUGAACGGAAAAAGAAGGUUGAGUAUACGCGAAAAAUUCACGAUGAAAUUGAACGAGCGAAAGAAGAAGCACUCGCGGAACUACGAAAUGCUCAUCCUGAACGACAAAUCAGCAUCUUGUUACCAGAUCAUUGCUCUGAACACUCAGAUAAAAUAUCCCAGCUAGAAUCGGACUGUAAACGUCUAGAAGAAAAGCUUUCGAGUGCCGUUGAAGAACAGCAAAAAAUGUCAGAAUUGCAGAAAGAUUUGGAUGGAGCAAAAAUAAAAAUCGCCCAGAUGGAAAUCGCUCAUGAAACGCUAAAACGAAAAUAUAGUAAUAUUGUUAAUGAGAAAAAUGAUUUAUUAGUAAAGUUAUCAAGACGCGAGCACCAACUAUCGGAUUCUAAACAUAAUAAUGAUAAUAAGGAGGCUAAUCAAGCAAGUAUAUCAGCUAAAAUAAAUUUAGAAAAUAAUACGUUGAAGAGCUUGUGUGAGAAUCUGAUGAAGGAUAAGAUUGGGUAUCAGACGAGGAUCAGUGAACUAGAAAACCAGUUGGUGGACUGCAAAAAUAAGAUAAUGUAUUAUGAAAACAACAUAAGUAGGUCACAUGAAAGCUUAUCGAAUACGCGUAAUGACUUGGAAAAAGAAUUGAAUCAGUACAAAGAACUGGUGAGAAAGCUCACUGAUCAAUUGAAUAACAGCAAAGACGGCCAUAGAGAAGAUAUGGAUGAGCAACGAGUCAAGCAAUUAGAGCUCGAACUUCAAGAAAAAGAAGCUCAACUUCAACGGCUCAAAGAUUUAGAAAAAAUAAAAGAAGAAAGGGAUAGUUUAAUUACAAAAUUAAAAAAUCAAGCUAAACAAUUUGAAGAAUAUGUUAAAAAUCAAAAACAAAUUUCUGCAGAAUUAAAUUUAUCACCACGUAGUACUUUAGAAACUAAUGAUCUUCAGAGGAUGCGUGAGAUGUCUAUAAAAACAGUACGCGAAGAGAUGGAACAAAAGGUUGCUGAAGAGCUCCGAAUGAUCGAAGAUCAGCAUCGCGUUAAGGAAAGAACUAUUGAAGAAAGAUAUAAAAAUAUUUUGUCGGAACUUAAUUUAAAGUAUGCGGAAAAGACGAAAGAGCUGGAAGCUAUGAAAGAAGUUAUGCUGACCGAAAAAAUAAAAUUACAAUCUUCUUUUAAAGCUCAAGAGCAAAUAGUAACUCAGAUGAUUGAGCAAAAAAUUACCGAGUACAAACAAGAACUAUUGGCGCGUAAAUUGACUAUUGAAAAUUUACAAGCACAGUUAAGGCAAAAAGAACUUGAUCAUGAAGAAGCUAAGAAUUCUAUGGCGCAAAUUAUGUCUACUUGGGCGGCAGAAAAUCAAGAAAUGAAAGACAAUAAAGCUAAAAUGCAAGAGGAAAUUAAUAAAUUAAAAGAAGCUGAAACAAAAUUCACUGACGAGAUCAAUAGAUUAAAGUUAAAAGAAAAAGAAAUGAAAAAUAGUAUUGACACGAUAAAACAUAAAUAUCAAUCAGCUAAAACCACUGCCCAAAAUUAUAAGGAGUAUGCGGAACAAAAAGAGAAAUUUUUAAUGGGAGAGUGUAAACGUAUUGAAGAUGGUUAUAAAAAAGCCAUAAAUCAAGUACAACAGAACGUAGAUGAAAUCGUUAGUACCCAAGAAUUACAGAUGAAAGAAAAACUAAAAGAACUUGAGAGUCAAUAUGAAGAAAAGUUGCGGCAGACGCGGCAUAAAAUCAAGUACAAAGAUAAACGUUGAGGUAUAUUAUAUUAAUUAUAGUUAUAAAUACUAUAGCUAUGCAAUACUAGAUCUGUUUCCAGUGACUGCCUUUUUUUUCUCUCGAUUCAGAAGAGGCUAGUUAUUUUUUAAUACAAAGCACUUUAUCGUACAAGAAUUAUCUAAUUAUUAUAAUUACUAUUAUUAUUAUUAUUAUUAUUAUUAUUAUUAUUAUUAUUAUUAUUAUUAUUAUUACACUAUUAUAACAAUAUAAUAAAUUUUAAAUAGUAGAAUAAUUGAGAACGAACAAAAAAAGCAUUCUAAAAUACUUUCGCAAGUUCAUGUUGCUUUAUUAAAAAUUGUAAUUCAUUAUCAAAAUCAAAGUAAUAUUUAAAAGAAACUUGUAUAUAGAAAAAAGUUACAAUUUUAUUAGAGUCGUUGAAUCGUUUUUAAUAUGUAUUGUAUUUUACAUGACAAAUUUUUAUAUUUGGCAAUGUGGUUGCUAUAAAAAUGACAAAUUUAUGGGAUCAAUGAAGAUAAAGUAUUUUUAGUUUAUCGCGACCACAUUUAAAAAUUUUUUAAGUAAUUUGUUCUUAUUAUAUUGUAAAAAUCAAUCGAUGCUUGCCAAACUUUAAAAACUUUUUUAUUCAUAUUAGUAAUAAUUUAUAUAAAUAAAUAUAAUUAUAGAUUUUUUAUGUGUGAACAUGACAUUAUGUAAUUUUAGUAGUAUUAAUAGACAUGAAAAUUAAAAAUAUCAAAAUUAAAUUUACUAAUAAACGAAAAAUAAAUUAACAAAUCAUAAAUGAUAAUGUACAGUAUUGCGCCAGAUGUAAUCUAAAAGAAAAAAAAUGAAUGAAUCUCUAUUUCCAAUUGUAACAAAAAGACAUUUUUACGCAGUAAUUAAAUAACAAAAAAUCAAUAUAUGAUAAAUAAAUAAAAUAAAAUAAUUGUAAGUGUAUAUCUUAAGGAUUAACAAUUGUAUAAAGUUAUAAUUAUUAAUUUUUUUUUAUUUUUCGAAAUAUAAUUU